AUGUCCGUGUACAACCAGGCGAACCAGGGGGCGGCGAUCGCCAACCCACUGACGAUGCCGAACGGUGCCCCUUCCCCGGCAGACGAGCAGGGACGGUACACGGCGGCUGCGGUCAUCGGCGGCCAGCCGACGGUGCCGCAGGGCGACGGCGGCUGCUCGCUGCCGCAGGUGGACGCAGCUGACUUUGACGGCGUCGGCGGCAACGAGGGGCUGUGGAUCCUCACGCGCGAGCCGACCCCGCCCGCCAGCCUCGUCGAGGAGAUGAAGGCAGAGCUCCUCUCUCUCGGCAUCUCGGUGGCCAACAUGCUCGACGUCUCGCAAGAGGGUUGCUCGUAUGAAGGAUACGACAUCAAGGCUGUUUGCUCGACCCUCGACGAUGGGCUGCUCGUCGAGCAAGCCGGACGCACGGCCGCGCAGAAGCAGGCUGGAGCUCCGGAGCAGGCUGGGCCUCCGGAUGCGGAUACCAAGGACACCAGGGCGGCGGCUGCAAAGGAUGCCUUCGCGACUGUCGACAAGUCAGGAGACGGUAAGGUCUCGAUGCCCGAGGCGAAGAAGGCGCUCGAGGCAGCCUUCCCAAAGCUCGGUAAGUAUGUCGCCAAGGCCUUCCUGGCGUCGGACGACGACGGCAGCUUCUAUCUCGACCGGGAGGAGUACGAGGCGGUGCACGGAUGCCUCGCCUCGUUUGCUGCGGUCGACACGAGCGCCGACGGCAAGGUGAGCGCGAUGGAGGCGAAAGCGGCCCUCGCAGCCGAGUUCGCCGCGGUGACGAUCCCGACCACCUUCUUCUUGACGUCCGAUGCAGACGGCGAUUUUUACCUCUCCUUGCCGGAGCUCGUCGGGUUGCGGCAAUCGGUCGCCGCGUAUGCGGACGCUGACAAGAGCGGCGAUGGCAAGGUCUCGAUGCCGGAGGCCAAGAAGCUGCUCGUCGCGCGCUUUCCAAGGCGCGCAAACACGGUCGCCGAGUUCUUCCUCGCGGCAGACGAGACGAAAGACUUUUAUCUCUCGCUGGUCGAAUUCUCGUCGCUCAUGCGCACCUUCGCGUCCUUUACGAAGGCCGACCGCAGUGGCGACGGCAAGGUCUCACUGCCUGAAGCCAAGAAGGCCGUCGCGAAUGAUUUCGGUGAGGGGCCGCUCAAGAAGCUCACUGCGCUUUUCAUGGAGUACGACGGAAAGGGCGGCGACUUUUACUUGCAGCCCAAGGAGUACUAUGCGCUGCAUAAGGCGCUUGCGGCGUAG